AUGGCAUCAAGGCAGAAGCUUGAUCAUGGUCAGCUUACGGCUUACUUCGACCGCCUCGAGCUCCCAUCUCACAUGCGUCGUUAUUCCAUAUCUGGCCUAACGGCAGACCAACAAAUCGAUUUCCUUUCGCGACUUCACGUACAACACCUCCGUACAAUACCGUUCGAAAACCUCACACUACACUACUCUCGCCACCGCUUCAUCGACGUCCACUUGUCGAAGAUACUCGAGAAGGUUUUCCAACCGGCUGGACGCGGGGGAUACUGCAUGGAGUUAAACUAUCUAUUUAAUACUCUGCUUGUGUCUCUGGGAUACGAUGCGUAUGUGGUCCCGUCGAGAGUCUUCGACCGUUCGAACCAGCUAUAUAAUGCAUUGACUCACUGUGUGAGCAUUGUCGUCGUCGGGGUUGAUCGUUAUGCAGUCGACGUUGGGUUUGGAGGGAAUGUGGCUCCAGUUCCCCUGCGUUUAGGGACCGAUAAGGUCCAGCCAUUGGCCCACCCCUCACAAGCACGAAUUAGAGUCGACACUCUCUCCAUGGAGUCCUCGUUGCACACCAAAUACUGGAUAUACGAGCACAGAAGUAGCGACCAGGAGGACUGGUCCAUCCAGUAUUGCUUACUCGACCUGGAGCUAUCCCCCGAGGACUUGGAGGUGCUAAAUCUGGGACCCUCGACCAGUCGGACGAGCUUCUUCACCCAGAAAGUAUUAUGCGUCAAACCCACCGGGGGAAAUGAGUUCUAUGCCAAAUUUACAAUGGAGAACGGCGCUCAAAGGCUGCACAAUAAAAACGAUGUUGGAUAUGUCGAAGGCGAUGUGAUUGAUGGAGUCCUCAUUCUAGAUGGUGCGGUGUUGAAGUGGCGUAAGCGGGGCGUUAAGCAGUGGGAGGUUAUCUUGAAAACCGAGGAGGAACGGACACGGGCUCUGGAGGAUAUCUUUGGCAUUCAUCUCUCCACAGAGGAGAAAGAAAGUAUACUGAGGACUGCCUCUGCCCUGAUAGAUCACCCUGGUAGGUUUAGAAAGUAG